CCAAGUCCAACAACCUCUGCUGACCACAUCGAUGUCUUUCCUCUCCUCACUCCAAGGCACCGUUCUCCAAGGAUAUGCAGCCCUCCAAGGCCCCCAGGGACAGCCCCAAUCACCGACCGACACCCUCGUCAAACUCCUCGAUCGUCUCCAGAACUCUUCCCAACAUGAGGACAGACGCAGCAGUCUGCUUGGGAUCAAGGGGAUGGCCAGAGACUGGAAAUCGGAAGUCGGCCAAGUUGCUCUUCCAGCAAUACUCGACUUACUCGCCGAACCCGGCCUUGUGGACGACCUUGAUAUGGCUAAAGCGGUCCUGGAAACUCUGAAUAUCUUAUGCGAAAUCGAAGAAACAGAGCCUGGCAGGCCUUCGAAAACGGACUGUGGGGUGACCCAUGUCGAUACGUUCUUGAUGAAACCUGAACCGACCCACGCAGUCUUGUCUCUACUGAGCACAACGAGUUUCUACAUCCGCUUCUUCUCCUUGCAGCUCCUAGGCACCCUCUUAACCACCCCACCGCCACGUCCUCUGACUCUCCAAGCGCAUUUUCUGACCGCCCCGGGCGGGCUGGGCACGAUCUUAUCGAUCCUCGACGAGACCAGAGAAAUCCUGCGCAACGAAGUCCUGCUCAUCCUGCUCAAUAUCACCGAAAAGAAUGCCGAUAUCCAGAAGAUCAUCGCCUUCGAAGGCGGCUUCGAUCGCUUGUUUCAUAUCAUCGACGUCGAGGGCGGCAUCGGCGCUGGCGGGAUCGUCGUCCAAGAUUGCUUGCUGUGUGUUGGCCAGCUUCUGCGCUACAACGUCUCUAAUCAAAACUAUUUUCGAGAAACGUCAUGCAUCCCUCAUCUUGCACCCAUGCUCCUUUUUCCUCCCGCACAAGACCCCCAUCCAGUGGCCCUAGAUUCAUUUGCAACUCAGCCGUGGAGUGAGCAGAAGCUCAACAACGCCCUUCUCGUCCUUGCCCUUGCUCGAACCAUGGUCUCCGGGGCUGGUGCCGGGAAGAUUGCUAACCAGCGCGCGAUCCUCGUCGGUGGCCUCACCCGUUGUCUCGCAGAGAUGGGCUUAGCCAGUGCCGCACCUCCAGUCCUGAAGGCUGAAGCCUUGCAUAUCCUCGCCCACGUUAUCCGAGGAAGCGAGAUCAACCAGGAGUUCAUCAGCAAGCUGGUCCUCAAUCCCUUGGCCGCAUCCUCUCCUCCCCCCGGCCAGGACCCGAGUUAUUCGGACAGAGAGAAGCCAGAAUUCUAUCGGCUCCCUCCUCAGUCUGCCAUCUUGGCGCUCUUCUCACUCGCCCUCGAAGGACUCCCUGGAGCUCAGAAUCCCAGCUCAGCCGAGGAUGAGUUACACACCUUGUCUGUCCGGGCUGCCGCCCUGAGUGUUAUCGACAGCUUUCUGGACGGGAACCUAGAUGCUCAACUUGGCAUCGUCGCCACCAUGAACACACCCAUCCCUCAGCUACCGGAACAAAACAGUGGCCCUUCUCACUCUCCUGGAUCAUUGCUCUUCGAGGCUUUACAAAGCUUACCCCCGACUGACGCUGGAGGCAUGGCCGCAUAUACCUCCUUCUUUGCCUCCUUGAUCUUCGCCCAUCUGCUCAGAGGAUUCGAGCCCGCCAAGAAGCUAGCGCGAGAGAUCCGGAUCGGCAGCGAUCCGGCUGGCCCACACGGCCCGACAAAUGACGAGGACGACCAAACCAGUCUAGUGCAAGUCUUGAUUGGGAACUUGAUGAUGGCCCAGCGGAUGCAAAGUCAAAGUAACAAUGCUGGCGAUGGGAUCCAGCGGUCCUUAGCAUGGGCUCGAAUCAUGGUUGGGUAUCUGAUGGUAUUGGCCACCUGGUUUUGGGAGAGUCCCGCGACAACCAGCGAGUUUCUAAGUGAAGGUACAAAUUUACAAGUGCUGAUCGAGCCGAUCAGUCAAUCAUCUGGCGUGGACCCACUCGUCCAAGGCUUGUGCGCGUUUGUGUUAGGAAUCGUUUACGAAUCCGACCAUGAUCCGGCGUCGACGAUACCAAGAUCGACCCUCCAGCCCAUCCUCCAUUCUCGUGUCGGGCCAGAUCAGUUUGUCAAUAGGAUCCUCAGACUCAGAGAGGACCCUCGGUUCAAAAACGUCGGCCCCGAUGUCCUCGAGUUGUGCCCCCAGGCCCCAGCCCCAUCCGAUCCCUCCAACCCAGACGAAGAACCUGGGCUGUGGUUUGAUUGGCCCUUCGUCGAGUUCCUGAAAAAUAAUUAUGUAUCCAUCCAGCAAUCUAUCUUAAUUGAUCCUGGAGCAGGUGGAGGGCACAAUUCUUCCAAAGAAAAUGCACACCAAAGUGAAGAAUUGAGUAGACUGAAGACCCAGGUGGCCGAACAAACAAACGAUAUACAAGCUCUGGAACGACAAGUAUCCGAGCUAACGAUACAACUAAAAGAACAAGAUGUGGCGGAGAUGGACAGGCUCCGACGAGAGAACGAGCGGUUAUCUGAGGAGGUUCGGGUCUUGCGCGAAGAGACGGGGCGUCUAGGUGCCGCGCAGAAGGAGAACGAGAAGGAGCAGGAAGACCUGCUCGUGUUGCUGGAGGAGGUGAGCGGGAAGCGGCGGAGAGACAAGGUGUUGAUGCGCCAGAAGGGUCUCGAGGUCAGUGAGGACGAGGACGAGGAUGAUGAGGGUGGUGCUAGUCAAUGCCAAUGAUGUAAAAGCUUGACAGGCUUGCACAUCCCCUAUCGUUGCUUCCUCUCCCCCCCUGUAUCUUUAUUGUUCUUCCUUUGCUGUCCUGUCCCCUUGGACUCACCAACUCGUUUGCUCUAUACCUACCAAGGAUAUCUUUUGAAACCGCUACUUACUUAUUACUUACAAAAACAAAAAACAAAAAACGGGAUUUACAGAUUAGAAGCCUGCAUCGCUUGAAUGGUCCAUUUGCGAUUGUACACUUUUGUUUUGAUUUUGAUUUUUGAUUUGUAAAUCUUUGAUAUCCAACUUUUCAACUUUUUUUAUUGUUUUUUUUUUUUUUCAAUAGUACUUUCCCAUUCUCACACUCACGGUUUCCUCAAGUAUCAAACACAUAAAACCGACCAAAAACAACUAAUGAAAUCCUCGUCAUGACCAUGAA